GCGAGUCCUGGACCUGCCGGAUCCCCUGGUGCAGGCGCGUCCCGCUGGGGCCGAGGAUCCGGGUGCCGGCCGCUGGGCGGUUGUGAGAUGUGCUCCCAGGAGGCUCUCCAGGCACAGAGGAGUCACCUGGUGGGGCUGCUGGUCUCAGGGUCCCUGGAGGGCUUCGAGAGCAUCUUGGACUGGCUGCUGUCCUGGGAAGUCCUCUCCUGGGAGGACUACGAGAGCCUCAGCCUCCCAGGCCAGCCUCUUUCCCGCUUGGCCAGGUGCCUGCUGGACACUGUCGGGAACAAGGGUGCUUGGGGCUGUGAGAAGCUGGUCGCAGCUCUCCAGGAAGCCCAGGCCGGCGGUCAGUCCCCUGAGCCACGUGACGGCUGGGACCCCCACUCACUCCACCCAGCCCGAGACCUGCAGAGUCACCGGCCGGCCAUCGUCAGGAGACUGUACAGCCACGUGGAGGCUGUGCUGGACCUGGUGCGGGAGCGCGGCUUCAUCAGCCAGUACGAGUGUGAUGACAUCAGACUGCCCAUUUUCACGUCCUCCCAGAGGGCAAGGAGGCUGCUUGAUCUUGCCGCAGUGAAGGCAAAUGGAUUGGCUGCUUUCCUUCUCCGGCACAUUCUGGAAUUACCAGUCCCAUUGCCCCUGCCUUUAGUGGCUGCAGAAUGCCGGAAGUACGUCUCCAAGCUGAGGAGCACGGUGUCCGCGCAGUGCCGCUUCCUCAGCACUUACGACGGCGCGGAGAAUCUGUGCCUCGACGACGUGUACACAGAGAACACCCUGGAGCUGCGCACGGAGGUGGGCACGGCCGGGGCCCUGCACAAGAGCCCCGCCACCCUGGGCCUGGAGGAGCUCUUCAGAGCCCAGGGACACCUCAACAAAGACGCGGACACCGUGCUCGUGGUGGGCGAGGCGGGCAGCGGCAAGAGCACACUCCUGCAGCGGCUGCACUUGCUCUGGGCGACUGGGCAGCACUUCCAGGACUUUCUCUUCGUCUUCCCGUUCAGCUGCCGGCAGCUGCAGUGCGUGACCAAACCGCUGUCCUUGAGGACGUUGAUCUUCGAGCACUGCUGUUGGCCCGAUGCGGGCCAGCAGGACGUCUUUCAGUUCCUCCUCGACCACCCCGACCGCGUCCUGCUAACCUUCGACGGCUUUGAUGAGUUCAGGUUCAGGUUCACCGAUGGCGAGCGCCACUGCUCCCCGUCGGACCCCACGUCAGUCCCCACUCUGCUCUUCAACCUCCUGCAGGGCAACCUGCUCAAGAACGCUCGCAAGGUGCUGACCAGCCGUCCAGACGCCGUGUCGGCCCUCCUCAGGAAGUACGCGUGCACCGAGUGCCACCUGAGGGGCUUCUCAAAGGAGGCCAUCGAGCUUUACCUGAGGAGGUGCCAUCCUGAGCCUGGGAUGGCAGAUCGCCUCCUCCACCUGCUCCAAGCUACCUCAGCCCUGUACGGCUUAUGCCAUCUUCCUGUUUUCUCAUGGAUGGUGUCCAGAUGCCACCAGGAACUGCUGCUGCAGGACGGGGGGUCCCCAAAGACCACCACAGAUAUGUACCUUCUGAUCCUGCAGCAUUUCCUGCUGCGUGCCUCCCCACCACACAUGGCCUCCCACAUCCGGGGACCCAGCCUCCUCCGAGGCAGGCUCUCCACCCUCCUGCACCUUGGUCGACUGGCUCUCUGGGGCCUGGGCAUGUGCUGCUAUGUGUUCUCUGCCCAGCAGCUGCAGGCAGCCCAGGUGGGCCCUGAUGACAUUUCUCUUGGCUUCCUGGUGUGUGCCCAGCGGGUGGUGCCAGGGAGCGCGCCAGACCUGGAAUUCCUGCACAUUACUUUCCAGUGCUUUUUUGCCGCCAUCUACCUGGCGCUGAGUCCUGACGUGCCCGUAGCCUCGCUCAGACACCUCUUCAACUGCCACAGGCCGGGCAGCUCUCCACUGGCCCGGCUGCUGCCCACACUGUGCGUCCAGGGCUCCAGGUGUGAGGAGGGCAGCGUGGUGGCUUUGCUGCAGAAGGCCGAGCCGCACAACCUUCAGAUCACAGCAGCUUUCCUGGCAGGGCUCUUGUCCCAGGAGCACCGGGACCUGCUGGCUCCGUGCCAGGUGUCCAAGAAGGCCCUGCUCCGGCGCCGACGAGCCUGUACUCGCCGCUGUCUAUCCCGCAGCCUCCGCAAGCACUUCCAGUCCAUCCCGCCAGCUGUGCCGGGUGAGGCCAAGAGCAUGCACGCCAUGCCUGGGUUCAUCUGGCUCAUCCGGAGCCUGUAUGAGAUGCAGGAGGAGCAGCUGGCGCGGGAGGCGGUGCGCGGGCUGGAUGUCGGGCACCUCAAGCUGACGUUUUGCAGGGUGGGCCCCGCAGAGUGUGCCGCCCUGGCCUUUGUGCUGCGGCACCUCCAGCGGCCCGUGGCCCUGCAGCUGGACUAUAACUCUGUGGGUGACAUUGGCGUGGAGCAGCUGCUGCCUUGCCUUGGUAUCUGCAAGGCUCUUUAUUUGCGCAAUAACGAUAUCUCAGACCGAGGCCUCUGUAAGCUCAUUGAGCACGCUCUUCACUGUGAGCACCUGCAGAAGUUAGCUUUGUUCAACAACAAAUUGACUGACGGCUGUGCACACUCCCUGGCCACGCUCCUCGCAUGCAAGCAGGACUUCUUGGCAUUGAGGCUGGGGAACAACCACAUCACCGCGGCGGGGGCCCAGGUGCUGGCCCAGGGGCUCCGAAGCAAUGCCUCCCUGCAGUUCCUGGGGCUCUGGGGUAACAAGGUGGGUGACAACGGUGCCCGGGCCCUGGCUGAGGCCUUAGAUGACCACCAGAGCUUGAAGUGGCUCAGCCUGGUGGGGAACAACAUUGGCCGUGCAGGUGCCCAAGCCUUAGCACUGAUGUUGGAAAAGAAUGUGGCCCUAGAAGAACUCUGUCUGGAGGAGAACCAUCUCCUGGAUGAAGGUGUGUGUUUUCUUGCAGAAGGACUGAAGAGAAAUUCCAGUUUGAAAGUCCUGAAACAGGUGCUCGGCUGCCUCUGGAUGAGCAUCAUCUCUGCUGCCAGACCGCUCCUCUCUGGCAAGGCGUGCUGGGUUGCUUUGCAGGGGCCAGGACGUUGCCAGUGUUUGGGGAAAACACUUCCACUCAUCAAGUGGGCCGCGAGGCCUGGGCACAGCCCGGAUUUGCCUGAGCCUGAUGCCACCUUUGCACAAAGUGGGGCCCUUGGCAGUACCUGGCCCAUUGUGACCAGGCUGUCCAACAAUGGCAUCACCUUCCUGGGUGCAGAAGCCCUCCUGCAGGCCCUCAAGAGGAAUGACACCAUCCUGGAAGUCUGGCUCCGAGGCAACAGUCUCUCUCUGGAGGAAACUGAGCAGCUCAGCCACAAGGACAGCAGACUCUUGCUUUGAUGUUUCCAGGCCGAGGCUCAUUUCAGUUGGUUUGUGAGGAAGCUGUGGUCUGGACCCUGGAAGCUGGAUUGGCAGCAGCCCAUUCAGACAGAGCCCUGUCCUGCCCUGGGGUGAAUCUGUUUGCAGAGAGCACCACAGGUCACCUGACUCCACUGGAGGAAGGCACUGCAGUGCCCUUCAGAGUGGACUUCCCCAAGCCUACUUCUGCUCUCAGGUUCUGCCCCAGACUCAAUCCAUGGGAUGGACAAGAGGGGCAGCCCCUCCCUCCCAGUCUGGGCCCGGGCCCAGCUAAUCCACCAGGGUUCUGAGGGGGGUCAGUGGGACCAUGGGUGUCUACUGAGUGCCUGCAGGUCCUGACCCACAAGUCAUCAGAGGAGGUACAUCCAGGAAGCAGCUUUCUGCCACAUCCGUCUCCUGGUUCAUCCACCCAGUGGUUCCCAGUCUGCCUCCUCCACUACCCUGCGGAGACCCAGAGAGCUCCCAGCCCUGGCCCUGAGUAUGGGAUGGGCCACACCUUCCCCUGCUCUGCCGCCUAAGACAGUGCUAGAGGGAGACAUGGGGCAGCCUUUUGUUCCCUAAGAUAUUCUUAGAUUUGCAAGAAAAAUAGGAUCAUGCUUCAGCUCGGAUACACAUGGACUUUUAUUUCCAGUGAAAUCAAUUACACUUCAGUUAAGCUUUUGGAACUAGCUCCCAUCCAAAUGCAGCUUUUAAAAAUUAAUCUGGGCCAGAAUUUCAAACGGCCCCAGUAGGCUUCUGGUUGAUGCCUCUGAACUGAACUCUGACAACAGACUUUUGAAAUGUAUCCAUAAGAGAUGGUUCCAUUUCAUUUGUGCAGAAUGCUUCAGGAUAUAUAGUUAUGGAUUGGAAGUUUACAGGGGGCAAAAACAGACCCUUCUUUCAAAGCAAUGUUCUUUCUAUACUUUUAUUUUUCUCUCUCUUUUUUUGUACUGAAAUUGAAUCCACCCAGGGGAAAUAUAGCACUAACCACACCCCUAGGCCUUUCAAUGUAUUUUUUGUUUUCAAAUUUUGAGAUAGGUUUGAGGCUGGCCUCAAACAUGUGAUCCUCCUGCCUCAGCCUCUCUUGUAGCUGAGUUAUAGAUAGGUAUGCACCACUGUGGUUGGUUGUUCUCUCUGGAUUUUUCAAAAUGAUACAGGUUGAAACCUUUGUAAACUGUCAGGUGCUGCACAUGUGUUAUCACUGUAGACAUUAUUAUGUGUGAAAAUGGCUUAAUAUUUGUAAACUGCUUUGUUUUAUUCGCCCCAGUUGAUACUUUCAUAGAGCACAAGAUGACGAACUUUUUCCUGUAAAUAAUCACAGAGGAGAAAAUUGUUGAGUUACCAAUGCCAUCUUCGUUGUGACCAAACAUUUUUAAAUAUUCCAAAAACUUGUCAAAUUUUAAA